AUGGUACACGGAUUUUAUAUUUCAAAAUGUAUCUUAAAAUAUUUGGUGUAAUAUUCAUUGUUUUACUUGAUAUCUGUAUUUCGGAUAAUGUGCCAAAAUCAAAAGUGCUCUCAAGAAGGAAGAGAUAUGUUGCGUUUCCUGAAGGAUCUUCGUUUUCGUGCGCUGCCUGUAUGACAAUAGGAGUCCUUGGCCAGCCAGCACCCUCUACAAGUCCUGGAACCUUCACCUUCGGUCUCAACUGGGGCAUAGCAUAUGAAUUACCCAAUGCCACCGAAACAUCGAAGUUUUACAGAAAGAAAAAUAGACAUAGAAAGCCGAUGGAGCAGAGAAGGAGUAGACGAGAGCUAUAUGAGAAAUUGGAGAUUAUUAUGGAUAAAAUGGGCUACGAUGGCAGACAAUGCGUCCUGAAGACCUUGUGUGAGACGACACAGCGGAUCGUACCGCACGGAGAGAACAUGAUUGAAGAAAUGUUCAGAACAUUGUUCACGAUGCCAAUGACGAAGCUCCUCCCAAUAGAACCGUUAGAACACAAGAUAUACGACGCAGCGCAUCGUCUGGGCGUGCUUCUCGAGAACUGCAAUGUGUAUAAAUGUCCAAUAUCUCUUGUCGAUCUCGCUCUGGGAUAUUACAACGCCCCGGCGCCAAGAGUUGACACCGCUUUGAAUCCAUGGACCUUGUUUAGUAGUAGUUAUAGUUGAGUCUGUGAUUUCGAAAAGGGUACAUGUCUGAUAAUGUAAAAAAUUCAGGAUGUGGAAAAACUUAUUAUAUUCUAAAGUAGUGUAAAAAAAUAUAGUUUUGGGUU